CCCUUUUUGAAACCCAAUUUCCCAGAAUCCAUUGGCUUCGUUGUGACGUCAACUGUUUUUCCGGCACCCAGGAUCGUGCAAUAGCGAACAGUUUAUCUGCAAACAACUGCAUCGUUGCCGGACACCAAAACACAGUGCUACUGACAAACUGAUAUCAUGUCAAACACGUCCAGUGACACCGAGUCGUCCUGUGGCUGGAGCAUCGUCAGCAUGGAGGGUUCAGAUUUUGAGACUUUGGUGGCAGACGCCACGGGACUACAUGGAGCUGAUGACCAAGAGCGCCCUGCUGUGGUGGAACCAGAACUGCAGGACUCUCAAGACUCAGCUUCUGCAUCUGGAUGUAAUAAUGACAAAGUUGAGGGCUCACUGGAUAACGGACUGGGAGAACAAACCAUGGACGAGACAUUGUGCGUGUCAGAGGAGAGAACAUCACACGGAAACCUCUCAGCCACUUGGUCGCCACUUCCUGUUCAAAUGGAACCUCGCCAAGCUGGAGCUGAUGACGCAGCAGUGAGCGAGCACGUCGCUGUGUUGUCCUCCAGCGACCACUCGGACAUCGUGACGUUAAAGGAGCUGAGGGAGGACGAGUGUGACGAGGGCUUGUAUCUGGGCACGUCGAGCAGCAGCCGGUACGCCUUCACCGCUGCAGAGCCCGUUUUACCAGCUCAGCUGCCACCUGCAGCCACAAACUCCAGCAGCAGCGAGGGAGAAGUGACACCAAACGUUGUGGUGCGAAGACGCAGGUUGAGGAGGAAUACGAUAAACAAUGCGACAGAGUCCUGCGAGGAGGAGAUGACAAUGGAGUCAGAGGAAGAGGACGAGGAGGAAGAAGAGAAGCAGCAGGCGGAGCAAACUGGAGACAGGCCUGCCACGCUGACAAUGCGAGGCCAAGGCAGUGGAACCCUCAACUCUUGCAUCCUGCUCGCCCUCGUCAUCGCCCUUAGCAUGGGCUUUGGACACUUCUAUGGCACAGUGCAUAAGCAAGAGAGGCAGAAAACCGUAGACGAAGUCAGAGAAAAUGAACUCAACAGUCUGAUGGAUGUUCUUCAAUAUCAUAUCAAAAGCGACAACCUUAGCCUGGAUGAGUUGGAUGAGCAGAUGCUUACUUCAUUGUUCAUACAAGCUGUCAAGAAGAUGAACAAAGAGAACAAGGAGCUCAGCAUCCAGCGAGGACGUGGUCGGAAGAAGCUGAGGAAGCAGCGCUCUAACAUUCAAGAUCUGGCGGCUAAAGCAGCUGCACCCGACGUGCUUCUGUCUGAAAACCAGAGGCUGAAGGAGGAGCUGGCGGGAGAGAAGAAACUGCUUUCCGAAAACCAGAGGCUGGAGGGAGCGAAGAAACUGCUGUCCGAAAACCAGAGGCUGAAGGACAAGCUGCAAGGAGAGAAGAAAUUGCUAUUCGAAAACCAGAGGCUGAAGGACAAGCUGGAGGGAGAGAAGAAAGUGCUGUCUGAAAACCAGAGGCUGAAGGACGAGCUGGAGGGAGAGAAGAAACUGCUGUCCGAAAACCAGAGGCUGAAGGACGAGCUGGAGGGACAGAAGAAACUGCUGUCCGAAAACCAGAGGCUGAAGGACAAGCUGGAAGGAGAGAAGAAAUUGCUGUCCGAAAACCAGAGACUGAAGGACGAGCUGGAGGGAGAGAAGAAACUGCUGUCUGAAAACCAGAGGCUGAAGGACGAGCUGGCGGGAGAGAAGAAACUGCUGUCCGAAAACCAGAGGCUGAAGGACGAGCUGGAAGGAGAGAAGAAAUUGCUGUCCGAAAACCAGAGACUGAGGAACGAGCUGGAGGGGGAGAAGGAACUGAAGAAGAAGCUUGACAAGGAGAGGAAGCUUACAUAUGAGGCGGCGGCCCAAGAGUUCCAGGUCCGCCUGAGGAAGCUGGAGGAGAGGCUGGGCUUUGAGCAGCAGCGCUCCAACCUGUGGGAGAGGCUCUACCUGGAAACUAAAGAAGACCGGGCCAAAGGAGACACGGAACCCAAACAGACGAAGGCAAGAGCAUGUACAUCAGGGACAGUGAAAUGCACAUUUGAUGCAGUCAAGAACUCCACCAAGGAAUUUGUCCACCAUCACAAAGAGCAGAUUAAGAAAGCCAAGGAAGCCGUAAAGGAAAACCUGCGUAAAUUCUCCGCUUCCGUCAAAUCAACUUUCCGCCACUUCAAGGUUUCAGCCAGCACCUUCAUCAACAAGAUGAAGAGAGAAGGUACAAAAUUCGAUGAAGAAGACAAAUACAAGGGAAAAAAAGGCCAUCCCCAACAAGACGCCAACACACGGAAAUCAGGUAGCACAGUCCACAAAGAGCGAGGCCAGAGCACCAACCCGAAAGGAUGCCGAGGAGUCUUCGACUGCGCCUACCAUGAGUCCAUGAGUGUUUUCAACAAAGCCGUGCAGCCCAUACGAGCUGACGAGUUCCACCAGCUGCUGUGGAGCUACUUGCAGCGGGAAGUCCACAACUUCCACCACUGGAAGGAACUGGAGAGCUUCAUCAAAGGCUUCUUUCACAACGGCCUCUUCAUUCACGACCACAUCCUCUUCAGUGACUUUGUGAGCAGGUUGGAACACUACCUGGUGAACAUGCCCGAGUACCACGGCCUUCAGAAUGACGCCUUUGGAGAUAUCGACGACUUCAUCUACAGACACCUCUUUGGCAAGGCGUACGCAAAAAGUAGUGGGCCCAGCGGGCCUCUCGAACGACCAGACUAGUACUCUCGAGAGGAGUCGAGGAUGAAACAUCAAGGUCUUCGGCAGCAGAGACAAAAGAGCGUGACAUAAAGGCAAGCGAAGAAACGGGACCUUGGCCGACGUCAAAAUCAAACUGGGCCCCAUGCCGUUCGAACGCAAAUACUGAAUACUUCUCGACAGGUUUAAUAGUAAUACAUACUCAAUUCUUUAGUCCUAUUCCGGGUUCCUCUUGAUGCCUGUUUGCACAAUGUUUUUGUUUUUUAAUACUACUGAAUGUCCUCCGGGUGGUUUUCCAUGGAUUCCAGUGGACCAUUUUCAGAUGCACUUUAAAUGUAUUGGCUUGGAAUUGAGAUAUUUUCAUGUUUUGAAAAGAGCAUCUGUGUUGCGGGGGCAAAAAUUAAUCCCCAAAAUGCAAAAGGGUGGUGUUUUGGCAAGGCCAUGAAUUCACUGCUCCGUAACAGCUAACAGAACAGUACCAUCUUAACUUUCAUUGAAAUAAUACCUCAACAUAAGGUUACAAAUUAGGUGCACGCACUGUUCUUUUAGUUCAAUAUGUAAUUAAAAUGCUGUUGUCCACUCCAAACAUUGCUAACGCUUGACAAUGUUGACCUUUGAGAGAGAUGGCAAGGAGUAUGUGCUGAUCUCACUUUGUAGCGCAGCUACUGGGAAUCAUCUUCAACAACUGUUAGUCAAAACAAAACAUCUCUUAAAUUGUGGAAGUUUCUAAAAAUGUAUAUGAACGGAUUAGACCUUAGCUAUAGCACAAUAUCCUAAUCAUGUUAGUUAACACUAUGAUUUGUUUACGAAGGUUUGAUUGGUUAUGGUAUUCUAUGUAAAAAAAAUAAAAUAAAUAAAAAUAGCUGGCAGCCCAAGCUAUUGUGGGGGGGGGGGG